GCCGCGACUCGCCGAUCAGGGCGCGCUGAAGCUCCGCUGGGCGGAGUCGCGUAUGCCCGUGCUCCAGCACUUGCGUGGGCUUCAUCGCCAGUCGAUGCCGCUGGCCGGAAUGCGGAUCGCCGGUUGCAUGCAUGUGACCAAGGAGACGGCGAUCCUGAUCCGCGCCCUGCGCGACGCGGGCGCGGAGGUGGCGUGGUCGGGCUGCAAUCCGCUGUCCACCCAGGACGACGUAGCCGCGGCGUUGGCGGCGGAAGGAACCCCGAUCUACGCUUGGCACGGCCUUUCCACCGACGAGUUCUACUGGUGCAUCGACCAGACCCUGACGAUGGACCCUAACCUGACGCUCGACGACGGCGCCGACCUCAUCUUUCGCGCGCAUGGUGGGGGGGAUGGAAUGACCGCCGGCAUCAUCGGCGGCACGGAGGAGACCACCACCGGUGUACAUCGACUGCGGGCCAUGGCCGAUGAUCGCGCGCUCAAGUACCCCGUGAUCGCGGUGAACGAUGCCACCACCAAGUGGGACUUCGACAACGUCUACGGUACCGGCCAGUCGGCGCUGGACGGUGUGCUGCGGGCCACGUCAGUGCUGCUGGCCGGCAAGCAGCUCGUCGUCGCCGGCUACGGACACUGCGGAUGCGGCGUGGCCCAGCGUGCGCGCGGCCUUGGAGCGAACGUCUUGGUGACCGAAGUCUAUCCGAUCGCGGCGCUGAAAGCGACGCUGGAAGGCUUCAAUGUGUCGACCAUGGACGCGGCCAGCGCCGUGGGCGACAUAUUCAUCACUACCACCGGCAUCCGUGACGACGGUGCGAUCGUAUGCAACGCUGGCCACUACGACUGCGAGAUCAACCUUGACGACCUCUCGGAGCUCGCUGUGAGCUCCGAGGAGGUUCGCGCCAACAAUCGCGAGCACGUGCUGCGCGAUGGCAGGCGGCUGUACGUUCUGGCCGAAGGCCGUCUGGUGAACUUGGCCGCUGCCGAGGGCCAUCCGCCGGAGGUGAUGGACAUGUCGUUCGCCAACCAGUUCCUGUCUCUGAUCAGGUUGGCCAGGGAGGGUAGCUCCAUGACGCCGGGCGUGUACCCGGUGUCGGACGAGCAGGACCGGGAGAUCGCGGCCAUCAAGCUGCAGACGAUGGGUAUCGAGAUCGACGAGCUCACCGCAGAACAGCAGGCGUACCGUACCGACUACGCUCAGGGCACCUGA